UCCUCCCGGCGGCUGCCGUCAGCGCUGCCGCGGCGCCGUGACCUGCGCUAGUGGCGUCUCCUCUCGCAGAUGCCUCGCGGGGCCUCGGAGUCGGGCUGCAGCUGAGGGGCUUCGGAACGGCAGGCCUGUGCGCCGCGACCCGGACCGGAUCUCGGGGUUUCCAGAAGAAAAGACCAAGGGAGAAUUACCAAGAAUAGAUUCUUUUUCUGAAUAGUUAAACCUUUGAUGUCCAUAACCUUGACCCUUCAGACUGCAGAGAUGCAGGAAGGACUUCUGGCAGUGAAGGUAAAGGAGGAAGAGGAGGAACACUCCUUUGGGCCAGAAUCAGGCCUGUCAAGAAAUAACCCUCAUACUAGAGAGAUCUUUCGUCGACGCUUCAGGCAGUUCUGCUAUCAGGAGACCCCUGGGCCCCGGGAGGCUCUUCGAAGACUCCAGGAGCUCUGCCAUCAGUGGCUGAGACCAGAGAUGCACACGAAGGAGCAGAUCCUGGAGCUGCUGGUGCUGGAGCAGUUCCUGACUAUCCUGCCUGAGGAGCUCCAGGCCUGGGUGAGAGAGCACCGCCCUCUGAGUGGAGAGGAGGCAGUGACUGUGCUGGAGGAUUUGGAGAGAGAGCUGGAUGAACCAGGAGAGCAGGUCCUGACCCAUGCUUAUGACGAGGAAGAGUUUGUAAAGGAGAAGGCAACUCCAAGAUCAGCUCAGGAGUCGUCAAAUGGCCAAUUCCAAGCCUUAGAAGAGCAACGUCAGUAUAAUUUGCGAGAGGUGUGCCCAGUUCAGGAGAUGGAUGGCAAGGCUGGGACUUGGAAUGUGGAGUUAGCCCCAAAGAAGGAGAUUUCUCAGGAAGUGAAAUCUCUUGUACAAGUUCCUGGAAAACUGAAUGGUAAUAUUACUCAGAUGCCUGAGUAUGGAGAUAUCUGUGACCAUGAGGGCAGACUGGAAAAGCAAAGGGUGAGCUCUUCAGUGGAGAGACCCUAUAUCUGUAGUGAAUGUGGAAAAAGCUUCACCCAGAAUUCCAUUCUUAUUGAGCACCAGAGAACACACACAGGUGAGAAGCCUUAUGAAUGUGCCGAGUGUGGGAGGGCCUUCAGCCAGCGGUCAGGCCUAUUCCAGCACCAGAGACUGCACACUGGGGAGAAGCGCUACCAGUGCAGUGUUUGUGGCAAAGCCUUUAGUCAGAACGCCGGCCUUUUCCAUCACCUCAGAAUUCACACUGGGGAGAAACCUUACCAGUGUAAUCAGUGCAGUAAGAGUUUUAGUCGACGUUCAGUCCUCAUUAAGCAUCAGAGAAUUCAUACUGGAGAGAGACCUUAUGAAUGUGAAGAAUGUGGCAAGAACUUCAUUUACCACUGCAACCUAAUCCAGCAUCGGAAAGUCCACCCUGUGGCUGAAUCAAGCUAGCUCCUUGGAACAGGCCUCCCUAUACCCUGAGACACAACAAUGUU